AUGCCAAAUCAACAAAUUGCUAAUAUGGGAACGAUGUUCAAUGAUGGGUGUAGUUUAAAAGAUCGUUUGUUUGAAAGUACUGAAGAUUUAGAAGCGGUUACAAAAAUGAUUGUUGCAUUUGUUUUGGAGCGAGAUCGAAGUUGUGGAUCACUUACAUCUCUUUGUGAAUCAUUCCGAAAAAAGCAUGCUGAACUACUGAAAUUGAUUUCCGAAGUGUCGUCUUAUCAGCAAAGAGAACAGGAAAUUCGACGGUUGCAGGCAGAGAUUGAAGCACGUGAUCGCGCUAUUGGAAGCUUACAGAAUCAACUUAUGAAUGCAGAAAGUCUUCUCACGAAAGCAGUCUUUCAGGCUGACAAAAAGGUGAAGGAAAUGCGUCAAUCAGAAGCAAAUCGCGUAAAUAGUGAGACGAUUAUUCGCUUUGCCAAUCAAAUCAGCAGAACAUAUGCUGUAGCAGCCCCGCUUACUUGGCAGAUUGGUGAUGCUUCACGGCCAUUUCCAACUGAGGCUGAGUUGCGUUUCUCGGCUUUAGCAGCACCACGUGUAGCAACGCAAGCAGUUCCUCCUGCACUAUCUCUCCUUCGUCAACCUACUGCUAGUACAAGUGGAAUUUUACGCGGUACUGGGCGUGGUGCUUCACCAAUAACUCCCUAUUCAGCUGCUAUGCAACAGCAAAGGUCUUGGAGUCCACGGGGUACAUUUGUUCAACAAACGUCAUCAUCUCCACGUGGUCGAGGUGCAGCAGGUCGAGGAAAUAUCAUUACUCCACGUAUGAGUGGAGCUCCAGGCGCAAGUUUUUUGCAACGUCGUCCAACGUUAGCGCAGUGCAGUCCACAUUUACCAAGUCCAUCUUCGUAUCAAAAUCCAAUGAGAGGAGGAGUUCCACCCCCUAUAACGAAUGUUGAACAAAUGAGCUCUGACUCAAGUAGCAGUUCAAGUAGUGAUGAGGGUAGCCCUUCCUAG